AUGGCUGUAACAAACGCAGUUUAUGCAUCUGUAACGCUAUUACAACAAGGUGUUAUUGGUGUUAUAGGUGAUAUUUCGAGUUCUUGGACAAGUCUAAGUGCUCUAAUGACUUCUACACUUGAGAUACCACAAUGUUCAUAUACUGCUAAUGCGAUUGCAUUUUCAGAUAAAACACAAUAUAAAUAUUUUUUUAGAACGAUACCUACUCAAGUCAUUAUUGCAGAUGUCAUGCUUUCAUUUGCAUCUACUCAAGGAUGGAACAAGCUAGGUGUGAUAUACACAGACGAUCCACUUGGGCAACAAUUUUAUCAAAAAGCAUUGAUUCAAGCGACUUCAAUGGAUCUUCAUAUUCUACAUUAUCAAGCCAUUCCAACAACGAGUACAACAGAAGAUAUGAAUAGUGCAUUAAGAAAUAUUACAAAUGGUGGUGCACGCAUUAUUAUGGUGGCUGCGACAUCGAUUCCACAAAGUCAACUUUUAAUUCAGGCGCAUGAAUUAGGCUUACUCAGUAAGGAUUAUGUUUGGCUUAUGAUGGGUGACACGACAAAAGACUUGCAGGCAAGCGUCGAGAAAUACAACAACAACCAUACUUCCAAAAUUGAUUAUGCAACUGAUUAUCAAGGCUUGUUUUUAUUUGAUAAUUGGCUUUCUUUAGAUGGCUACCCUCCUUUUGAAAAUUUUCUUGAUGCUUGGUCACUUUUAAAUCCUGAUGCUUUAGCAUAUUCUUGCAUGAUGGUUAUGGCUGAAGGGUUCGGAAAAAAAAUCAGUGGCAGCAAAAAUCAAACAGAACAGUUGCUUCGAUUAGCAAGUGGCGGGUUAGGUGAAGAAAUGAUACCUAGUGCUUUUAAUGUUGGCUACGUUGGACCAGAAGGACAAAUGAAUUAUGAUACCAAUGGUGACUUAACAACUGGGUAA